UUGCUAUAUACAUAUGUCUACGGGUCCCAGCGUUGAGUUGGGGAGAUAAAGGGGUGAGGGGAUGAUAGGAGGCGUGGUUUACGCUUUUCAGCAUUCGGUCAAAAUGCUGCAAACUUUUGCUCGGCGCGGCCUCGAACGAAAAAUCCCGUCACGGGCCGCGUCGUGAGCGGAUGUGAAACACCGAGAGAGCCGACACUGGGCGUCCGUCCGUCCGCUGCAUGUUCCGCAGGAUCAAGCGGAGGGGAAACCCCGCUUUGGACCGAGUCUUCUCGUCCUCGCAGCCAGACCUCGUCUGCUCCUCCCGCCGGGAUGAGGAGCCCUCGGCGCGGGCGCGCUGCGGCAAACAGCCCGCCGCCGAUGGAGACCACCGCGCAGGAGUGGUUCCGACCCACCACAAGAGUUCUUCGCUCGGUUCUGCCGGUCUGGACCCUCUGGAGCGAACUUGUGGAGGUGGAGGAGAAGAGCAGGGUCCGGGCGGUGCACCAGAGCGCGCUGGGACGUACGAGCUGGAGGUGGAGCUGAGGCGAGGGCGCAACCUGGCGGUCCGAGACAAACGAGCGGGAAACAGCGACCCGUAUGUGAAAUUCGAGAUGGCGGGUAGGGACGUGUUCAGAAGCAGAACCAUACGCAAGAACCUCAACCCCGUCUGGAACCACAAGACCACCCUCGUCACGCACAACCUUGGUGAACCGCUACACGUCAAGGUGUUUGACUACGACUUUGGUAUUCGGGAUGACUUCAUUGGCUCAGCCGUCUUCCACCUGGACUCUUUGGAACUACACAGGCUAACCCUGGUGACCUUGGUUCUGGAGGACCCGCAACACCCCGAGGAGGACCUGGGCUCGCUAGAGCUGAGCGUGAGGCUCACAUACAAAAACCGACCAGCCGAGCAGUGCAGGGACUCGACGCAGCAUUCAUCUCCUCAUCUACCCGAGGUCGUCGGGGCGUCCCAGCAGUGGCGGGGUGUCAUCAGCGUGGCUCUCAUUGAGGGGCGCGACCUGGUUCCCAUGGACACCAACGGACUGAGCGACCCCUACGUCAAGUUCCGCCUGGGGGCACAGAAGUACCGUAGCAAGACGCUUACAAAGACGCUGAGUCCGCAGUGGCGGGAACAGUUUGUCCUUCAACUGCUGGAGGAGACGGUGGACGUGCUGGAGGCCACCGUGUGGGACCACGACACCGGACUCAGGGACGACUUCAUCGGACGUUGCCAGCUGGACCUGUCCACGCUAACCAAAGAGCAAACUCACCACCUGGAGCUUCCGCUGGAGGAGUCCCGGGGCCACCUGGUGCUGCUGGUCACACUGACGGGCUCCGUAGCCAACCCGACCGCCUCGCCGCCUGACGACUUGCAGGACGCUGGCGAGAUCCUCAAGAGCUAUGGGGUGCUGAAGUCCUUCUCGGACAUGAAGGACGUGGGGAUGGUGCAGGUAAAGGUUCUGCGAGCAGAGGGCCUCAUAGCGGCCGACGUGACUGGAAAGAGCGACCCCUUUUGUGUGGUGGAGCUCAACAACGAACGCCGACAGACGCAAACCGUCUACAAGAACCUCAACCCACAUUGGAACAAAGUCUUCACUUUUCAGGUGAAGGACAUUCACUCUGUGUUGGAAGUCACUGUGCUGGACGAGGACAGAGACCGCAGUGCCGACUUCCUGGGAAAAGUUGCCAUCCCGUUGUUGCACGUGCGAGGUGGCGAGCAGAAGGGGUACGUGCUGAAGAACAAAGAGUUGAAAGGUCUCAGUAAGGGAGUCAUCUUCCUGGAGGUCUACGUCGUCUUCAACCCCGUGAAAGCGGCGUUGAGGACGCUGUCGCCCGCUGAGCAGAAGUUGAUCGAAGAUGAACCCAAAAUGUCCAAAGAUCUGCUGUAUCAGAACAUCGUCCGCGUGAGGAGAUGCGUCACGGUGCUCUUCAACUUGGCCUCGUUUAUCAAUAGCUGCUUCCAGUGGGAAUCCACGCAACGUAGCCUCAUCGCGUUCCUGGUCUUUGUGGUGGUUGUAUGGAACUUCCAAGUCUUCAUGAUACCGCUGGCGCUCCUGCUACUGCUCGUCUGGAAUUUUUUCCUCUCGUGGACCCGUGAGACUGCCGACAUGUCGAUGGAGGCCAUGUUGGAGUGGGACGAGGACGACAAAGAGGAGACGGAGUCCCGUGGCUUUCUCGACAAACUUAACGCCAUCCAGGACGUCUUCAUCAGCGUGCAGAACGCUUUGGACCAAGUGGCGUCCUAUGGCGAGAGGUUGAAAAAUGUGUUAAACUGGACAGUGCCUUUCCUGAGCUGCUUGGCCGUGGCCGUCUUGUGCCUUCUGGCCUCUUGUUGUCAUAUGCGCGCGGUCUUUGUGGUGGUUGUAUGGAACUUCCAAGUCUUCAUGAUACCGCUGGCGCUCCUGCUACUGCUCGUCUGGAAUUUUUUCCUCUCGUGGACCCGUGAGACUGCCGACAUGUCGAUGGAGGCCAUGUUGGAGUGGGACGAGGACGACAAAGAGUCGAUGGAGGCCAUGUUGGAGUGGGACGAGGACGACAAAGAGAUGCAGUAUCGCGAGCUGUUGGUGGACGUGGGUCAAACUCCGAGCAAGCGCAAGAGGACCGACCCCAGCUAG